CUAAGCAGAUGAUUUAGCAGUAUAAGUAUCAAUGUGGAGAGCAGCUUGGUGAGUUGUACACAGCAGGAUACUUCAGGUUUUAAUAAUUUGAAAAGACAAUGAAGGAUCUCCUGUGCCUGUAUUUAUUCCUUGCUGGUCUUUGUGCAGUAACCCAUUGCCACGAGGAAGACGUCUGCCAUGAAGUCAAUAAUACGAAUCUGCAUGAUGGAGCAGAACAUUUAUUAAAGCAUCACUGUGGAAAGCAAGGCUCUGCCUAUGCAGAUUUUGCAUUUAGAUUUUACAAGCAGGUUAUAGCAAAAGAAGCUGACAAAAAUGUUUUCUUUUCUCCCAUGAGUAUUUCCACUGCCUUUGCACUGCUGGCUCUUGGUGCUAAGUCAAGCACACUGUCUCAGAUUUUGGAAGGACUGGGCUUCGGCAGUGUUGAUGAGGCUCAUGUAGAAGAUAUACAUGAAAGUUUUCAUGAAGUUCUAGCAGUACUGAAUUGUACUGAUGCUAAUAUCACACUAAAUAUAGGAAAUGCCCUUUUCACAGCUAUUGGGUAUGAACCACAGGAGGCAUUUUUAAAAAAUACCAAACAAUUCUAUGAUGCAGAUUUUUUUCCUAUCAAUUUUCAUAAAGAAAUUGAAGCCAAGACGCAAAUCAAUAAUUAUGUAAAGGAGAAAACCAAGGAAAAAAUUCCUGAAUUAGUUGAUCAGCUUGGUAGAAAUACUAUAAUGGUUAUUGUUAACUACAUUUAUUUUAAAGCUGCAUGGGAAAAAGCUUUUGAUCCUGAGUUUACCUAUGAGGAUGAUUUCUUGGUGAAGCCAAAUGUAUCUGUUAGAGUCAAUAUGAUGCGACGUGAAGAUAACUAUAACAUUUACUAUGACCAAGAUCUCUCUUGCACGGUGGUGGAGUUGCCUUACCAUGGCACCGCAAGAGCAUUGCUCAUUCUGCCUGAUGAUGGAAAGAUGGAACAAGUGGAAGAUGCUCUCUCAAAAGAAACUAUUUGUAAAUGGGAUAACAAACUUGAAAACAGAAGAGUAAAUCUUCAUUUACCAAAGACUUCUAUCAGUGGGUCUUACGAUAUUAAAGAACUGUUGGAGGAAAUGGGCAUUACUGAUGUAUUCUCUAGUAACGCUGAUUUGUCUGGAAUUACUGGCAGUCGUGAUCUCCAGGUUUCACAAGCAAUUCAUAAGGCCCUGCUGGAAGUAGAUGAGACUGGAACUGAGGCUGCAGGAGCCACAGCCAUAGUCGUUACCAAAGUUCUUCUUCCAUUUGUUACCAUCAGUUUCAACAGGCCCUUCACUAUUCUCAUUUCUGAUAAAGCAACCGGCAUCACACUUUUCUUGGGCAAAGUUGUUGAUCCUACUCAGAAGUAAUAGAUGGGUUAUUCGCCAUACUCUGCAUAUAUUGAACAUGAUGAAUUAUAAUGGGCUACAGUGUUUGCAUAUGUGACAUAGUACUACUAACUACUGUCUGACCAAGGGGUAGGGUAUUCUCAAGUAACUCAACAGUUUCUGUGUAAAAUGAACAAACAAAGAUUCUCCAAAAAAAAAGACAGUUUAAAUAUGCAAAUGAGUAAUUCAAGUUAUUAAUAUAUUUCCCAAAUUUGGGAGAAUUUUCUUGCAAAGUCUUCUGUUGUAAGAGAAUUUUCUGUGUUGUAUGACUUUAAUCCUCUUUUGGUUCUGAGUUAUUCACCAAGAACUAUUCCAACAGCAAACAGCAUUAAAAUUUUUUUAGUGUUACAAUAUCACGUCUGCCAGUUGAAUCGAGGGAAUAGAUGAUUAGGUAGCCCUUCCACUUGAGUCAUGGAUUUCAGGUCAGAUUGACCUUAGUCCCAGAUCUGGUUAAUGGCUUAUGCCUAGGGGAAUGUGAACAAGGGAGACCCUCCCACUGAGUCAUGGGCUUCAGGUCAGAUUGACCUUAGUCCUGGACCUGGGCAAUAGUUUAUUUCUAAAAGACUGCUAAACAGAAUUUCCCACAGGAGACCCUCCUGUUGAGUCAUGAGGUUCAGAGAGGACUCGCUUGUUUUCUAAACUCCCAUGGAGAGGAGCCCAGUGCACCUAGAUCCAGUCUCAGGCUAUGUCAACUGUUUAUGAUUAAGGGGUCUGACACACAGUGGCUAUGCUCUGGUAGAUGAUUUAAAAUGCACUUUAUUAGAACAAGGAAACAGAGAGGGAAAAAUAAUUUAGCAUUUUGCAUGUCAGUUUGAGAAUUAGCUACAGUGCAUGGACAGAUUAGCCACAACCCCCAGCCAGAGGAGAGAGUUCUCAAAAACUUGGAAGGUCCUAUGGGCAUGUUUUAUACCCAAGUUGGAUUGAAAUGUAGUCACUAUAUUUACCUUUGCUGGAAGCUUGGAAUAUGGUCAGCAUGUUUGUCUGCUAUAUGUUUUUCAUCCUACAACAGGUGUCUAUGGUGACACAGUGUACAUUUUGCAGUUAGAUAAUUGCAUACACCGUUGUAGCCACCUUGCAGCUUCAGUAAGAACCACGGUCUCAAGGCCUUUCAGCUUCUCUGAGCUGCUUGCAGCCACUAGUUACACUUCUGCUAAUUCCCAGCAAAAGUGCAGAGGUGUGUGUGGUGGGAAUCAGAGUGCACCUACCACAGUUAGGUUUUCUCAGGCACUUGCUGAUGGUCAGUAUUCUCCUGGACCAGCACUGAGAAUCCAGUUUGGUCUUCUUUCUCAUGUAUUCCAACUCUUUUCCUAGGAUAUUCAAGAACAACAACAAAAAAACAACAAAAAGUAGAAAAUCUCUGAACCAAUAGAUUAUUCUGACACAGCACUGUAAAUUCCCUCUGAAGUUCACAGGUCAACCAAAAAUUUCAAAAGACAUUGACAUUAGGCAUAAAUUGUCAAGGAAUGCUCCUGCUAUGUCAUUCAUGAGUUAUUUCUAUGGCUAAUGAAUAAACUAAGUUUAAUGAUUUAAAUUCAUCACUUAGGAAUUGACACUGUCUCCAGUUUCUUGCUGUCAAACUAUAAAUCUUUUAAAAUCAACAAAACUUUUAAUCACUUAUUAAAAUAUCAGGAUAUCUAUAAAAUAUGUUUUGAAAAGCUGAGUCUCGUUAAGUUAAGUGAGUCUAGCUGUUCUCAGAUGGAGAUGAAGAUUCUUCUUAUCCUCUCCUUUGUGCCCAUUAGUGUAAAAUCUGUUUUCAAGGAAUUUGCAAACAGUCUUGUUGCACACAGGUCUGCACAUCACCUAUUUCAGACAAGCACUAGGCUCAAAGUUUAGUUCUGCUAAACUCUAUAGCAAACUAUCGCCCAGCUGCUGUCUCAAGACUCCUGCUUUGGAAGUUGCUCUUGCAGUUGCUCCAUACACUUUGAUUCACACCAUUGCAUAUUAACACAGGGUUGUUUUUCUUCUGUGACUGAAACUUGGUCCCUGUUUAGGGGGAAGAGUGUCUUGUGGUUCUGGCAGUAGGCUGUAAGUGCUGAGAAGCCAAUGCCUGCCCCUAAUUAGCAAAUAAACCACCUCUGACCUCUCUCUGACCCUCUGAACUGUUGUCCCAGCUUAAGUCUGUCCUGCACAGAGGUCUCUUAUUGGGACCUAUCUCUUAUCAUGCCUAUAGUAGUGGGCCUAUGGUUCUGACAUGGGGAACUGGAGACUGCUGUCUCACUCAGAAGCACUUUCAGGCACCUCACAGCAUUGCCUAUGUGGCAAGAAUGCCAUGGAAGCCCUGAGCUACUGCUUCCAUUGAGGCAAGAUACGAUCCCUGGGACAGCUAGAACCAUGCCUCUGCGCAAAACAGCGGCUCUUACAGAGCUGAGAUCAGUAAUAACUUGUGGCGUGAGGUAGUCUGAGAUGACUGUAUGAACUCAACAAGAGCUGGGA